UAGAAAAACCAAUACCAGAACAAGCAAUGCGCAGACAGACACAGAGAGAGAGAGAGAAGAAGACAAACCCAAGAGAGAGAGAAGAAGAAGAAGAAGACAAACCCAAGAGAGAGAGAGAGAAGAAGAAGAAGAAGAAGACAAACCCAAGUUCUUGUAUGUAAAUGCAAUCAUCACAAGUCUCAAUUUGAGAUCUGAAAAGAAAAGCAUUGAACUUUCUUCCAAUUCCAAUUCCUAUUCAAACCCAUACAAAAACCCAGUUUCAGUAUGAACCCAUUUGCAGCAACAACAACAAUCCAUCAUCAACAAUCAAAACCCAUCAUUCUAUAAUGUCUCAAACCCCUUCAAAUCUUUCUCAUUCCCCAACUCUCUCUUCUCUCCACCACUACCACCACCACCACCACCACCACCACAACACCACCACCACUCUACUCAAUUCAAAUCCCUUGCCCACUAAAACAAUCGCUCUGAAACUCUCUCGCCAUUUCUGUUAUCUCCACUUUCUUCGACUUCAUUUUCGCCUCAUCAUUCUUCUUUCUUUGCCUCCUUUAUACUUCUUUGGUAACAAUUUCUUUCUCUAUUUCUUAUCAAUUCUCGCUUUCUCUGCCACUCUUGUGAUCUUUCUCAAUCUUCCCCUCCCUCGUCUUCCUUCAAUUCGGUCCCCAUUUAAGCUCUCUUCAACAAUUACGACAUCAAAGCCAUGCCCACCAGUUGUUUGGUCAAUUGGGUCAAAGACCAAAUCAGAAACAAGACCCAAUUCAGGUUCUUGGGUACAGGUUUAUAGCAAUGGAGAUGUGUAUGAGGGUGAAUUUCAUCAAGGGAAGUGCUCUGGAAGUGGGGUUUAUUACUAUUACAUGAGUGGGAGGUAUGAGGGGGAUUGGGUCGACGAGAAGUAUGAUGGGUAUGGUGUGGAAACAUGGGUGAAAGGAGGCCGGUAUCGGGGACAGUAUCGACAGGGUUUAAGGCAUGGUUUUGGGGUGUAUAGGUUUUGCAAUGGUGAUGUCUAUGCUGGGCAGUGGUGGAGUGGGCAGUGUCAUGGGUGUGGAGUUUAUACUUGUGAGGAUGGGAGCCUCUAUGUUGGGGAGUUCAAGCAAGGUGUCAAGCACGGGCUCGGUCACUACCAUUUCAGAAAUGGGGACAGAUAUGCUGGAGAAUACUUUGCGGACCAGAUGCAUGGUUUUGGAGUAUACCAUUUUGGGAAUGGACAUCUUUACGAGGGAGCCUGGCAUGAGGGAAGAAGGCAAGGGCUUGGUUUGUACACGUUCAAAAAUGGGGAGACUCAAUCAGGCCACUGGCAAAAUGGGGUUAUCAAUGUUUCACGCAUUCAAGGUAGUCUUCCUGGAUCUUCAUCUGCAAUUUGCCAUUCCAAAGUUGUUAAUGCAGUGCAGGAAGCACGGCUAGCUGCCGAGAGAGCAAUUAACACGGAAAAGGUGGAUGAAAAAGUGAACAAAGCCGUGGUGGCAACUAACAAAGCAGCAAAUGCAGCAAGAAUUGCAGCCGUAAAGGCAUUGCAAGACCGAAUGCAUCGCGGCAAUGACAACAAUGGGCCAAUACCUAUUGGUUGACAGAAAAGCAAAGGGAGUUGAGUUACGAACUGAAAAUUUUCUAUUUCCUCUUUGCUAGAAGAACGAGUCGCUCACUUGGAACCACUUUCAGUUCGAGCAAAAUGGCUGAUUGGGGAGCAGGAUGGGUUCCUCCAUUUUUAAAGCUUCCAAUUGUACCUAGCAUGUUUUAAGAUCUUAAGAAUAGUACUAUGGUUUUACUAUUUUUUGUUUCUUGUAAAUGUAAAGGUCAGAAGGGUCCAUUCAUUUGGAGAAAAUAAAAAGAAAAUGAGAAGUAUUUACCUAGUAGCAAAAA